AUAAAAAAUCAUAAUUGGAAUCCUUUUUGCCAUUACCCCUUCCUUCCUCUACUGCUCUUCCUCGAUUCCUCUUGGAGGCCAAGUCACCUGAGAGAAGCUUCUGUCCCUCGGCGCGCUCCGUAGAUAAGCGAACCCUCAUUGGCUGGGUGCACUCACGUCUUAGUAUAGUGCUGCCGCGUUUUUCAGAGGAGUGUGCGUUUAGAGUUCCAAUUUUUGGUGGUCGUCCCAGUCCAGGCUGUCGGAACAAAUGGCUGAGAAACCGCUGCGUCUCUUGGCUUGUGGAGAUGUUGAAGGAAAGUUUGAUGUUUUAUUCAACAGAGUUCGAGCAAUUCAGAAGAAAAGUGGAAACUUUGAUCUGCUGUUGUGUGUAGGAAAUUUCUUUGGCUCCACUCCAGAUGCUGAAUGGGAGGAGUAUAAAACUGGCAUCAAGAAAGCUCCUAUUCAGACAUAUGUACUGGGUGCUAAUAACCAGGAAACAGUGAAAUACUUCCAAGAUGUUGAUGGGUGUGAGUUAGCUGAAAACAUUACUUAUCUGGGUCGUAAAGGCAUCUUCACUGGAAGCUCGGGGCUGCAGAUUGUGUACCUCAGUGGGACAGAGUCCUUAAAUGAGCCGGUCCCAGGUUACAGUUUCAGUCCCAAGGAUGUGUCUUCCGUGAGGACAAUGCUGUGUUCAACAUCGCAGUUUAAGGGUGUUGAUAUCUUGCUCACAUCCCCAUGGCCCAAAUAUGUGGGAAACUUUGGGAAUUCUUCUGGAGAAGUGGAUACCAAAAAAUGUGGCUCCGCUUUGGUCUCCAGUCUGGCCACAGACUUGAAACCAAGAUACCAUUUUGCUGCUUUGGAAAAGACCUAUUAUGAGAGGCUUCCCUAUCGAAACCACGUCGUUCUACAGGAAAAUGCACAGCAUGCCACCAGGUUCAUAGCUCUGGCGAAUGUUGGAAAUCCAGAAAAGAAAAAGUAUCUUUAUGCAUUCAGUAUUGUUCCCAUGAAAGUAAUGGAUGCAGCGGAACUGGUCAAACAGCCUCCAGAUGUUACUGAAAACCCUUACAGGAAAUCUGGGAAGGAAGCAUCCAUGGGAAAGCAAAUUCCUGCCCCUGAGGAAGAAUCAGCCUGUCAAUUUUUCUUUGAUUUAAAUGAAAAGCAGGGAAGGAAGCGUUCAUCUACAGGUAGAGAUAGCAAGUCUUCUCCUCAUCCAAAGCAGCCUCGCAAACCUCCUCAGCCUCCAGGACCCUGCUGGUUUUGCCUUGCCAGCCCUGAAGUGGAAAAGCAUCUGGUGGUCAACAUCGGCACACACUGCUACCUUGCCCUGGCCAAAGGAGGCUUGUCUGAUGACCAUGUCCUCGUCCUGCCCAUUGGCCACUACCAGUCAGUGGUGGAGCUUUCAGCGGAGGUGGUAGAAGAGGUGGAGAAGUAUAAGGCGACACUGAGGCGGUUCUUUAGGAGUCGGGGGAAACGGUGUGUUCUCUUUGAGAGAAAUUAUAAGAGCCAUCACCUUCAGCUACAGGUCAUUCCCGUGCCAUUCAGCUGCUGCAGUACAGAUGACAUUAAAGAUGCCUUCAUUACCCAGGCAGAGCAGCAGCAGAUUGAGCUGUUGGAAAUCCCAGAGCACGCUGACAUCAAGCAGAUUGCACAGCCAGGAGCAGCAUAUUUUUAUGUUGAACUUGACACAGGAGAGAAGCUUUUCCAUAGAAUUAAAAAGAAUUUUCCUUUACAGUUUGGAAGGGAGGUACUGGCCAGUGAAGCCAUCCUUAAUAUUCCUGACAAGUCUGACUGGAGGCACUGUCAGGUCAGCAAGGAAGAGGAGGAGAUGCUGGCUCGCCGCUUCCGGAAAGACUUUGAGCCCUUUGACUUCACUCUGGAUGACUAAGCAAAGGGAAAGGCACUUUAUGAACUUGACAGGAAGUAGUAGCUUGCUUUUUUAAAGGAACUACAGUCUCCCAUGGGGACUGUUUUUCUGCCUCUUUUUUGUGUAUUCCCAUGGAACCUGCCUGCAGCAAGAGGCCUAAGAUUGAGUAUUUUUUGAAAAUAUUUCUAGGAUGAAAAUCCUGUUAAAAUAAGCAUGUCUGUCAUCUAGCUCCAAGUACAGCGUAUGUUAAUCAACAUUUUCAAACACAUUAAACUAUUAAAAUCCAAAUGCUUUUCCAUGGUUGGGAAGUAUCUUAUGUUCAUGUUACCUGUACCAUUAAA